UGGCUGCCUGAUGGAGUAAGUGAAUUUAGAUGCUCCGUCUCUUCUGCUUUUAAUUUGACCAUAACGAACGGAUAACGUCGAGACGUCUGAGCUAAAAAUGGUUUAUACUCAUCCAGAGACGCAGCCAAAGACGAAAUCUAACAGCGUGAAGUGAUUAACCAACGUUUUAGGUCGAGGCCUGUUCGGUGCCCUGCUGGUCAUGGCGAUGAAGGCCCGUGUGGAGGCGGUUCUGAACGUGGGUCUGCGGAUCCCCAGCAUCAUGCUGCUAGAGGUGCUGUACCGCUGGGACGUCAGCUCCUUCUUCCAGAAGAUCCAGAGGAGCAGUCUCAACAAUAACCCUCUCUUCCAGUACAAAUAUAUUGCCCUCUACCUGCAUUAUGUUGGCUAUAUCCUCAGUCUGGUGUUGUUGACUUUACCCCGGCAGCAUCUGGUACAGCUCUACCUCUACGUGCUCACAGCUCUUCUGCUCUUCGCGGGACACCAGCUCUCCAGGGAUUACGUACGUGGAGAGCUGGACUCGGGUUACGAGGGACCCCUCUACCUGGAGCCACUGUCCAUGAACCGCUUUACCACAGCACUCAUCGGUCAGGUCGUGGUGUGUACGCUGUGUUCCUGCGUCAUGCAGACCAAACAGAUCUGGCUGUUUUCUGCACACCUGCUCCCCCUAGUGGCUAGACUGUGCCUCGUGCCCCUGGAGACCAUCGUCUUCAUCAACCGUUUCGCUAUGAUCUUCACCGGUCUGGAGGUGCUCUACUUCAUCGCCUCCAACCUGCUGGUGCCGUACAAUCUGGCCAAAACUGCCUACAGAGAGCUGGUGCAGGUGGUGGAGGUGUAUGGUUUGCUAGCUCUGGGCAUGUCUCUGUGGAAUCAGCUGGUUCUGCCUGUUCUCUUCAUGUGCUUUUGGCUGGUGCUGUUUGCACUGCAGAUCUACACCUACUUCAGCACACGGGACCAGCCGCCCUCCCGAGAGAGGCUGCUCUUCCUGUUCCUCACCAGUAUCGCUGAGUGCUGUAGUACUCCUUACUCUCUGCUGGGGCUGGUCUUCACUGUGUCUUUCGUGGCGCUGGGCGUCCUCACCCUCUGCAAGUUCUAUCUACAGGGAUAUAGAGCUUUCAUGAAUGACAACGCCGUGCACAGUGCGGAGGUUCUUGGUACACUUCUGAUCUACAUCCUCUUCAUGGUGGAAGAGUUUCGUAAGGCUCCUGUUGAGAACAUGGAUGAAGUCAUCUACUGUGUCAAUGGGACCUACCGGCUCCUGGAGUUCCUGGUGGCCGUCUGCGUGGUGGCCUAUGGUGUCUCAGAGACCCUGUUUGGAGAAUGGACUGUAAUGGGCUCCACCAUCAUCCUGGUUCACUCCUAUUAUAACGUGUGGCUAAGGGCCCAGCUGGGCUGGCAGAGCUUCCUGUUGCGCAGAGAUGCAGUUCACAAGAUCCACAGCAUGCCCACUGCUUCCGCAUUACAACUCCAGCAACAUAAUGACAUCUGUUCUAUAUGCUUUCAGGAUAUGAAGUCUGCUGUCAUCACGCCAUGCAGCCACUUUUUCCACGCUGCCUGCUUAAAGAAGUGGCUGUACGUGCAAGAAACGUGUCCUCUGUGCCACGGCCAGCUCAAAAGCCAAUUACAGCUAACAAGCUCUCCAGGAGCUGCCAACCAAGGCACUCCACCAGCCAAUCAGAACCCAGCAGAGCUGGAACAGGAGCAGGGUGAGCCACAGGUUGAGCUGGACACUGAGGAAGGCACCCAAGCAAAAAACACUCCUCCCAUGAAAACCUCAGCCGAGCCAGAACUUGGAACGGACUUGCUAUCGGGGAGCUCGAAAAUCCAGCCCAAAGAAUGUGAUAUAGCGGCAGAGAGCAGCACCAGCCCAGAUGGUGAUUUGAAUGAUGAUGGUUCGUGCAGCACGUCAGAUGUCCAUUCCUCUUCAUGAGCAAAUGACAACCCUCAACUCUUAUCAGCCUGUUAGGUAUCGCCACAAACACUUCAUAUUGCCAAGGUUGAGGACUCCAUUAGAAGACCAUAGGGAUGGUUUACCCUAAAAUAAAAGUUCUGUCAUCAUUUACUCUUGACGUUCCAAACUCUUUUUGUGGAACACAAAAGAAGAUAUUUAGAAAUUUGUUCCAGCUGCUCUUUUCCAUAUAAUGAAAAGGGGACAAAGGCUGUUAUAUGGAAGCUUAUUCCUACCACAGCAUAAAAAAAGAAUUGCUAUCUGACAAUUAAUUAAUUAAUUAUCUGACAAUUUG